GUUUUUUUGUUCCAUCCUGUUCGAGCACAAUCUCGAUUUUAUUAUAAUCAAACAUUUAUUCCGAAAUACGAUGAAAAGAUUGAUUCGACCAAGUUGAAUAAACCUCAUCAUUUCUUCGAUGAAAUGAAGCGUAGACCAGAUAACUGUGUAUUUUUUGAGUUACAUUAGGCAGCUUAUCAGUAUGAUACAACUCCGACUAUAAAUUGGGCAACAAACACAGUGUUCGAGGAAACACGAACGCAACGAAAUUGAAAGAUAAUGGAGCGUUAACGACCGUCCAUUAACUUAAUUGAUACGCACACAUUGUAUACGCCAGCUAAAACAUUUCGUGUUUGGCGAGCACCAGUGACACACGCAUUAACGAGAAACGUGCUAAAACAUGGGGAUUCCGGACUAUUUUUGCAUUCAUUUCGCACCGUUGUGUUGGACGAGUAAACCGUGUGCUUUACUCUCACCUCGGUUAAGGGGUCGUGAAAAUGCGCGAACGUGAUAUUCUUAAAAAACGAAGCGGCCGGAGUGAUGCGAGCCACGCAGGAGUAAGCGAGAAGAAGCUAGCUUGGAGAAUGGGACACGUUCGACGGGCGAAGAAGCUGCUUCCAAGCCGAACGAUGGCGUCCCUAUUGCCAUUGCUGCUGCUGGCAGUGUUACCAAACGCGCGAUUAGAAUCGGCAAUCAGUCCAGUGAGUAACGUGGGCUCGGUAUCGAGCGGUUCUUCUUCUGCCUCUUCAUCCGCCUCCUCGUCGUCGAUGGUGGGCGUCGUGGCUGGCAGCGGCUCGGCCUCCGGCAGCAUGGUUGGCUCUGGUAACAGCGUGGUCGGGGGUGGAAGUAGCGGCGUUGGACACUCGUCUUUGGGCGGCGGGACUGUCAAUGGGAACGGUCGAUGCGAGGAGAUCACGAUCCCGAUGUGUCGCGGAAUCGGUUACAAUCUAACAGCCAUGCCGAACGAGCUGAAUCACGACAAUCAGGAAGAGGCUGGCUUAGAGGUGCAUCAGUUUUGGCCGUUGGUCGAGAUCAAAUGUUCGCCAGAUUUGAAGUUCUUCCUCUGUUCGAUGUACACGCCGAUAUGUCUGCCCGAGUACACCAAGCCUCUUCCGGCUUGCAGAAGCGUGUGCGAGAGAGCACGGGCAGGUUGUGCACCGUUGAUGCAGCAAUAUGGAUUCUCCUGGCCGGAGAGGAUGGCUUGCGAGAGGUUGCCGGUGUUCGGCGACGUGGACAACUUGUGCAUGGACAAUCACACGAGCAGCACCGGAUACGGAUCCGGAACGGGAGGAGCGGCGAGUAGCGGCGCUCCUUUGUCACCACCAGCAGCGCCGCCACGCCCGACCAGGCCGUCCAAAACCACCCAACCACCUCGGUGCAAGCCAGGCAAAAAUCAAAAAAACUGCCAGCAUCCCCCGGGGGAAAGGGCGAGGGAUUGCGUGUGCCGGUGCAGGGCACCCCUCGUACCCCUGGGGGCGGGGGGCACGGUCAUUCCGGGGCCGAUAAGCAGCAGCAGCAGCAGCAGCAGCAGCAGCAGCACCGGCAACAUCGGCAACGGGGGGGCUGGACUGGCAGGCAUGGCCGUAAGUGGAGUCAUACCGGCGCCACCGAUAAGCAUCGGCCGAAACAACAUCAUCCAGGACAUUGCCGGAGUACCGAACUGCGCUCUCCCGUGCCACGGGGCGUUUCUCACCCCCGAAGAGCGAGGGUUCGCGGCCGUCUGGCUGGCCCUGUGGAGUGGCCUGUGCGCCGCAAGCACGCUCGUGACCGUCACCACGUUUCUCAUCGACACCCAGCGUUUCAAGUAUCCUGAGAGACCGAUAGUGUUCCUGUCAGCCUGCUACUUCGCCGUAUCGAUAGGUUACCUAUCGAGGAGCGUGUUCGGCCACGAGGAGAUAGCCUGCGACGGACCGGCGUUGAAGUCGAGGGCCCAGGGCCCGGAAGCCUGCGUGGCCGUCUUCCUGAUGAUCUACUUCUUCGGCAUGGCGUCCUCGGUUUGGUGGGUGAUCCUCGCGUUCACGUGGUUCCUGGCGGCAGGGCUGAAGUGGGGCAACGAAGCGAUAGCCUCGUAUUCCCAGUACUUUCAUCUAGCGGCUUGGCUGGCACCGGCGGUCCAGACGUUCUCCGCGUAUCUAGCCGGGGGAGUGGCAGGGGAUCCAGUGGCCGGGGUCUGCACCGUGGCUCCGGACGGAGUGAGAUCCUUCAUUCUGGUACCGUUGUUCGUGUACCUCCUGCUUGGGACGAGCUUCCUUCUGGCAGGAUUCGUCAGCUUGUUCCGAAUCCGAUCGGUGAUAAAGCGACAACCGGGAGCGAAAGCGGACAAACUGGAGAAACUGAUGAUACGCAUCGGCGUGUUCAGCGUUCUGUACACGCUACCAGCCGGAGUGGUGUUGGGCUGUCACAUGUACGAGACGUCGUUAAGAAACGAGUGGCUCGACUCGCUGGCCUGCCCCUGUCAGCCAAGGGCAAGACCUCUCUACUCCGUCCUGAUGCUCAAGUACUUUAUGGCUCUCGCGGUAGGCAUCACGUCAGGCGUGUGGAUCUGGAGCGGGAAAACGGUCGACUCGUGGAAACGUCUGUGGAGGCGCUUGUUCAGCGGAGGAAGCGGCCACGGAGGCGGCCACGGAGGCGGUGGCGCCGGUAUGGUAGCUGGCGUGACCGGCGUCAGCGGAGGAAUCGGCAGCACCAGCAUCAAGGGCGUCGUAGGACGUGUCGGAGUGCCGUAUCCACCGGCACCGGGGCCAGGCAGCGCUCUACUUCCGCCUGGCAGCGUGGCCAGCGCGUCCCAACAUCAUCUCCACCAUCACGUCCUCAAGCAACCUCCCCUCUCGCACGUAUGA